CCGCCACCAGGGAGGACCCGCCGCGGCGCUGCUCCAAAAUGCACAGGACCACCAGGAUAAAGAUCACCGAGCUCAACCCCCACCUGAUGUGCGCCUUGUGCGGCGGCUACUUCAUAGACGCCACCACCAUCGUGGAGUGUCUGCACUCCUUCUGCAAAACCUGCAUCGUUCGCUACCUGGAGACGAACAAGUACUGCCCCAUGUGUGAUGUCCAAGUGCACAAAACCAGACCCCUCCUCAGCAUCAGGUCGGACAAAACCCUACAGGACAUAGUGUACAAACUGGUCCCGGGGCUUUUCAAAGAUGAGAUGAAGAGGCGGCGUGACUUCUACGCAGCGUACCCCAUGGCAGAGGUUCCCAACGGAUCCAAUGAAGAUCGUGGGGAAGUCUCCGAGCAGGACAAGGGGAACCUGACGGACGACGAGAUCGUCAGCCUGUCCAUAGAGUUUUAUGAAGGGUCGAGAGAGGAGAAGAAAGGGACCGUCGAGAACGGGGACCUGGAGAAGGAGAAGAAGAACGGGGUGCGGUUCCUGCGCUGUCCCGCCGCGAUGACCGUCAUGCAUCUGGCCAAGUUCCUCCGCAACAAGAUGGACGUUCCCAGCAAGUACAAGGUGGAAGUCCUCUACGAAGAUGAACCCCUGAAGGAGUAUUACACGCUGAUGGACAUCGCCUACAUCUAUCCCUGGAGGAGGAACGGGCCCCUGCCGCUGAAAUACCGCGUCCAGCCCGCCUGCAAGCGGCUGAAGCUGUCCCAGCCGGCCACCUCCGAGUGCACCAACACCAGCGGCGCCUCCGAGUGCGAGUCGGUCAGCGACAAAGCCCACAGCCCCGCCACGCUGCCCGCCACCUCCUCCUCCCUGCCCAGCCCCGGCACCCCCUCCCACGGCUCGCCCAGCUCUACCGCCGGCAGCGGCCCCACCGGCACCGGCACCGCGCUCAACGGCACCUCGAACUGCCACCCGCUGCCGCCUGCCGCCAGCCGGUGCCGCAAAACGACUGUCAAUGGCAGCACGGCCUCCGCCUUGACCUAAACGACGACAAAACAGGGACUCCUGGCUGGGUUUUAUAUAUCUAUAUAUAUUAUAUAUAUACAUAUAUAAAUAUAUAUGUGUACAUAGGGAGAAAAAAAAAAUUAUACAUACUUAUUUUCUAUUGAUUGACCAGAUUAAUUUAAAAUGCAAAUAAGACACAUAAAUGUGGUUGAAUAUUUUUAAAUGAUUUUUUUUUUUUUUUUAAAGUUUUGUUUUAACUUAUGUAAGCUGCAUGCCGGAGCUGGGAGCCACGCAGGCGCUGCCGCCUUUCUUGCUCGUUUUCUCUAACGCUUUUCACUCUCCUCCCCAUCCCUCUCCCCUUGCGCCUGCUCGGAGCGAGACGGGGCCGUGAGCGGGGACUCCCGGCUGCACAGGUAAGGGCCAAGCACAGGUAAGGGCCAAGCACAGAAGCCAAAAACUGCCCCCCAGCCCCGCCGUGCCCUGCGUUUUUUUUGCUUUUUUGUCUUUAUUUGGGGGUUUUAUGGCACCAGGUUUGAUAACGUGGUGCCUGUGGCCAGCUGGGACCAGUGGUCCAUUUGUUGGCAUCGAGCAUCACUUGCCGGUGUUGCCCCCCCCCGGCUUUGCCUUGCCGUGCACGUUUCUGUUUCUUUUUUGCUUUCCCUGUGUGGUCUCUGGACGGCGUUUCAGGCUCUGAUCUAGCAAUGCCUCACACAGACGCUUCCCUUUACGCACAGUAAGUAGGUUUGGGGUUUUUUUUUUUCCCAGCUUAAAAAAAUUAUGCUUGCAACUCGGUGGUGAAGGGCCAGCCGUACCAGGGGUAGGAGCACAAGCCUCGCUGAAUAUUGGUUUCUCCUUUCCAAGGGAGCUGCCCCCUCCCCGGGGCUGAGGGGCAGCGCUGGGUGCCAACGGCUCCGGGUGCCGCCGGGAAAUUUUGGCUGGGGGCAUCUAAACCGUUGGGGGCUGCUUUGGCAGCGCUGGGUGAGUCUGCGUGGGACCCAGGGGCUGCAAACGCCGCUGCCCUGCCCGAGCCGGGGGGAGCGUGGGACCCCCACGUCGCUGGCUCCUCACUCACCUCCAUGGCUGCAACGCCGCAUUUCAGAGCAUUUAUUUUCGUUCCCCCGCGUCCUUCCUACCUUCUCCUGUCCCCGCAUUGGGUUUUUAAAAAAAUAAAAUAAAAAAAAUAAGACUACAGUGCCUUUAGCCAGGAGGCUUCGGUGAGGGGCGAGCGUGGGAAGGUGCUGCCAUGUUUUGGGCAGGAGCGGCACGGCACCGGCGUCGCCGGCUGCCUGCACGCUCCGGGGAAGGGACCAACUUUCUACAUUGACACAAAAAGCACAUGAGCCCCGGGGAGCGCAGACCCCGGGGGUUUCUCUCCCGUCCUUGCUGGGGAAGGGGACGAAUGACAAAAAAUAAGCAAGUGCCUGCAGCACCCGGACGGCAGCCCACGGCCAGGCAGCGGCUGCGGCCGCCCGCGACGGCACGGUGAGAACCAAAGGAAAGCGGCACGGGAAUUGUAUGAACAGCCCGACUCCAAAGGUCAGGAAACAUGGGAUGUUGUUAUUGUAUUUUUUAAUUAUUUUUUUUUUUUUUUAAUUUUUAUUUUUGAAGUACUGCACCCCCAUCACGGACUCGACAGCGGCACCUUUGCUAUAGCACAGCCCCGGGCUCUGCCGCCCUCCGGGCACUGGGGAUGGGGCCCGGGAAGGGGCCCGCGGGGCCCCUUUUGUGUCUCUCUUCCCCAUCCCCGGGCCGGGGCUGGACG